GGGAGCCGCAGCGGCGAGGGCCUGGCGCGGCGCCGGGCAGCGCGGCCUGCAUGAGGUUGAUGCUGCUCUGCUGCACCUGGAGGGACGAGCCUAUGGGAGAGGACGAAGGGACCGACCUGCCUGUAUGUGCGAGCUGCAGCCACGGUAUCUACGAUGGGCAGUACCUCCAGGCCCUGAACGCGGACUGGCACGCCGACUGCUUCAGGUGCUGCGAGUGCGGGGCCUCGCUGUCCCACCAGUACUACGAGAAGGAUGGACGCCUGUACUGCAAGAAGGACUACUGGGCUCGCUUCGGGGAGCUGUGCCACGGCUGCUCCGAGCAGAUCACCAAGGGGCUGGUCAUGGUGGCCGGGGAGCAGAAGUACCACCCCGAAUGCUUCAGCUGCCUCAACUGCCACGUGUUCAUCGGGGACGGGGACACCUACGCGCUCGUGGAGCGCUCCAAGCUGUACUGUGGGCACUGUUAUUACCAGAUGGUGGUGACGCCAGUCAUCGAGCAGAUCCUGCCAGACUCGCCAGGCUCCCGCAUCCCGCACACCGUCACGCUCGUCUCCAUCCCCGCCUGCUCCGAUGGGAAGCGAGGGUUCUCCGUGUCCAUUGACCAGCACUGCAGCUCGCAGGGCUGUGGCUCUGAGCACUCACACACUGUCCGCGUCCGAGAAGUCGAUCCAGAUUGCAUCAGCCCUGACAUGAAGAACUCCAUCCACGUGGGAGACCGUAUCCUGGAGAUCAACGGCACACCCAUCGGGCACGUGCCCCUGGAUGAGAUUGACCUGCUGAUCCAGGAGACCAGCCGCCUCCUCCAGCUGACCAUCGAGCAUGACCCCCACGAGCCCCUGGCCCGUGAGUCAGCCCUGGAGUGCAGCCCGCUGUCUGACCUGCACAGUCCUCUGCGCUCCCCGGCCCUUACACCCUGUGGGGAGGCCAGCACCAUGCGUCAGCGGGCAGUCAUGAGGAGUUGCAGCACGGACAAGUCACCUGCCUCUAGCUCUGUGGGCUCACCAGCUUCCCAGCGCAAGGACAUCAGCCGUUCCGAGUCACUCCGCGUGGUCUCCCGCACGCACCGCAUUUUCCGCCCCUCGGACUUGAUCCAUGGCGAGGUGCUGGGAAAGGGCUGCUUUGGCCAAGCCAUCAAGGUGACACAUCGGGAGACGGGCGAGGUGAUGGUCAUGAAGGAACUGAUCCGCUUUGACGAGGAGACGCAAAGGACCUUCCUCAAAGAGGUGAAGGUGAUGCGUUGCUUGGAGCACCCUAAUGUGCUGAAGUUCAUCGGGGUGCUGUACAAGGAGAAGAGGCUCAACUUCAUCACGGAGUACAUCAAGGGGGGCACCUUGCGGAGCCUGAUCAAGAGCAUGGACAGCCACUACCCAUGGAGCCAGCGAGUCAGUUUUGCCAAGGACAUUGCAGCUGGCAUGGCCUACCUCCACUCCAUGAACAUCAUCCACCGCGACCUCAACUCUCACAACUGCCUAGUGCGGGAGAACAAGAGUGUAGUCGUGGCCGAUUUUGGGCUGGCACGCCUCAUGGUGGAUGAGAAGAACCAGCCCGAGCAUCUCAAGAACUUGAAGAAGCCGGACCGGAAGAAGCGCUACACGGUGGUGGGCAACCCCUACUGGAUGGCCCCUGAAAUGAUCAAUGGCCGGAGCUACGAUGAGAAGGUGGACAUCUUCUCCUUUGGCAUUGUCCUGUGCGAGAUCAUCGGCCGAGUCAGCGCUGACCCCGACUACCUGCCCCGCACUACGGACUUUGGCCUCAAUGUGAGGGGGUUCCUGGAUCGCUACUGCCCUCCUGCCUGUCCCCCCAGCUUCUUCCCCAUCUCUGUGUGCUGCUGUGACCUGGACCCUGAGAAGCGGCCAUCCUUCAGCAAACUGGAGCAGUGGCUGGAAACCCUGCGCAUGCAUCUUGAGAUCCACCUGCCGCUGAGCUCGCAGCUGGAUCAACUCGAACGAGCCUUCUGGGAGACGUACCGGCGGGGCGAGAGUGGGCUGCCCACGCACCCUGAGGUCCCCGACAGAGCAGUGCACUCGCACGCCCUCUAAAACCGCACCGGUCCCUGGCGUGGGGACCCGAGCGCUCCUAUCUCUUGGGGCCGCGCUCUCGCAGCGCGCAGGGAGCGCGGCGCCGAAGAUGAGCAUCUCUUCCUGCCUACCGAUGGCCCCUGGGGCUGGGUCCCUGGGGCUCUCAGAAGGAGCAAGAGCCCUCAUCUCGCCUUCUCUGCAAGGACUGGUUUCGUUGCUCCCCAUCCUGUGUUUGCACCCCUUAUCCCUGGGAGCUGGCUCUCCCCGUGCCCCAACGUCCCGCGGACCCCGUCUCCCUGCCCGUGUCCCCGCCGGAUCCCUCGCGGGCGUCCGCUGGGGGCCCUUUGGACUGCACAGAACUGCACGUGGCCGGCGACCGGCCCGGUUUGUAUAUAGCCCCUGUACACAGCCCCCGCCGCCCGGAAAACACGGCGUGCCGGGAGCCAGAGAGCUGCCUGCAGCGCCGGCCCGCGGGGCCAGGGGGUGGAGGUGGGGGGCUGGAGCGCGGCCGUCGCCCCGUCCCCACGCUCGCUUUGUGACCGCACGGCCCCCCUCCACACACUCAGCACGCUCCGCGGGGCCCGGGGCUGCCCCGCGCGCCGGGGGUGCCCGGCCGCAGCGCCCGCACGAGUCCCGUGGGCUCCCCUGUACAGACCCGCCUCCCCUCGCAGUGGUGCCUUGGGUUUACGUGAACUUGCACUGCAACGCAAUAGGGAUCUCUCGUUUCGUUUGUGCGCGCUGCCGUCCGCCCCCAGCCCGGCGCCGGGCUGCACGCGCGUGCCCGUCUGUCCGUCCGUCCGUCCCGGCGUGCCUGGGGACAGCCUCGGAGCGGCACCGGUGCCUCGGCUGCGCCCUCUCGCCAGGCUGCUCCUGCCUGCCUCGUCCGUGCGCGAGCCGGGGCGCCGGGCCCCGGCCAUCUGUCCUGUGCUCAGCCGGGUCCCCGGUGCGUCUCGCGGGGGGACGGGGCGCGAGGACACGUCCCGUCUUGGCUCCUUUCCCGUCCACCGCAGAAGCGCCGCCAGACGGCCCCGGGGCCCUGCUGGCUCUGCCUCGGCGGCUUUGCGCCGAGCGGUGCUUUCCAUGCUCUUUAUUCAGGUUCCAUUUUCUGUAAGAUAUUUAAAGAGAAGAGUUUGUAUUAUUUUUUCAUACGAUUUAGAGUUUGCCAUUUGUCACUGCCUCAGUUCUGCUUACCGAAGGGAUGAAACUGUGAAGCGUCUCCGCGCACUUUUGCCCGGGAAGUAAAACGCGACGUCCUCCGUCGAGGCGGGAGGGAGAACUCGAAACUGUGAUGUAGCCGAAGUCGUGAGUCAAUAAAUCCUUCCCCGCUCCGCUG